CUUCAAAAAUGUCCGCUUGCCCGGCCUCUUCCGCAUGGGGCCUCACUGUCGUCAGACCGCCUCCCCACGGCCUCUGCCUGAGAGAGGAAGGCGCGUUGAAGGCAACUAGCAGGCAACAUGCUGAGCCGGCUGCAGGAGCUCCGCAAGGAGGAGGAGACUCUGCUGCGGGUGAAGGCGGCGUUGCAUGACCAGCUCAAUCGGCUCAAGGUUGAAGAGCUGGCCCUUCAAUCAAUUAUUAGCUCCAGAGAAGGGGAAGGGAUGACUCAUUCUUCACCUCUAACAGAGGAACCAGAAAAUAUCUUGGUGCAGGUAGAUAAUGAAACUUCCAUCAAUCAAACUGAAUUACAGCUAAGCACAAGAAACCAUGCUCAAGAAGAAGAGGAGGAGGAGGAGGAGGAAGAAGAAUCUGAUUCCUAAAGGAGAAAGGGAAAAAUCAGAAUUAUUUAUCUAAGUUAAUUUUAAGAUUAAUGAACUUUCUCUGUUCAAAGAAACCAUUCCAGUACAAUCAUUAUGGCCUGUUGGAGGAGGAAGAAGAAUCUGAUUCCUAAAGGAGAAAGGGAAAAAUCAGAAUUAUUUAUCUAAGUUAAUUUUAAGAUUAAUGAACUUUCUCUGUUCAAAGAAACCAUUCCAGUACAAUCAUUAUGGCCUGUUAACAGGGAAUGAAAAACUCUCAAAAAAUGCACUAUUAAAAUGACACCAUAGCCCAUUGAAGCUUCAGUGCUGAGUUAAAACAAAAAUUGACCAUAGAUAGGAAACUGGAGGAUCUAUGUUUUACCGUUUGGGGAAAAAAAAAGGUCAAGUUCAUAUAAGCUAGUCAAAUUAGAUACAUAUACAUACUAGAGGUAAAACUCCAUGUGACAUUCUAUUGAAAUACUCAUGUAUUUGCAACCAGAAAAGUUUAAUGUAAGCCAGCCUUUCAUAUUUUUCUAAUAUAUAUUGACAAGCAAAGACACACCAUUGAACAGAGCAAGGCCACGUUCUAAGUUCUAGAAUCUAGUAGAUGGAAAAGUGAAGAAGAGAUAUAAUGGGAUUCAGCUUCUCAUAUAGAGAGGGUAAGCUGUUUGAAUGGCACAUGAGAUGUUGCUUGGUGUGGUUGUGACUAUAUCUUAAUUUGAGUUUACCACAUUGUGGUAAAAUGUGGUCAGAGUCAAUUUUAGAUAAAAAAUGCUGUCUACAGGAUACCAAAGGAGAAGAGCUAAACCAUGUUCUUGUAGAAUACAUAUUAUAAUAAAAUUGAAUUGUUUUAAAAAUCAUUUUUAUAUUUAAGGAAAUGUGCCAUGUUUUUAAGAUGUCUCAAGAGAUACAUGAGUGGAUUUGUUUUUACAAUAAAAGGAAAAUGCUAAAGAAAUAG